UGGUUACACCUCUGUGACCGUGUGACGACGUGUCGGUGUUACAGCGUCAGUCGUCCCACCGGCGAUGUGUCGUUGAUUUCCGAAGCGAACUGUCGACACACCGGAACGGAUAAAGACUGAAGGCGACUACGGAUGUGGAUGAUGCUGCCUCGGGUGGCGGUGGUCGGUGCCGGGGCGGCGGGACUCUGCGCAGCCAGACACAUCCUGUCCCGCCGGAACAGCUUCGCCCCCCCGGUGGUGUUCGAGCUGACGGAGAACGUCGGUGGCACCUGGUGUUACGAUGAACGCGUGGGGACGAACGACAACGGGCGGCCGAUUCACAGCAGCAUGUACCGAGACCUCAGGACCAACCUGCCCAAGGAGGUGAUGAUGUUCCCUGAUUUCCCCUUUGACCCCCAGCUGAGCAGCUUCCUGCCCCAUCAGGAGGUUCAGAGGUACCUGGAGGGGUACUGCCAGAGCCACGACAUCCGGCCUCACAUCAGGUUCAACACAGUGGUGGAGAACGUGAAGCCCGUUGUCGUGACAACGGAUGGCGAGGAGGGGAGGACAACGUGGGAAGUGACAUCAUCCGAUUCGUCAGGUUGUCAGAAAACAGAGACCUUCGACUCGGUCUUUGUCUGCUCGGGACACUACUCCGACCCACACAUCCCAGAUGUUCCAGGGAUAGAGAACUUUAAAGGAAAGCUGCUCCACAGUCAUUCGUACAGGUGUGCGGAGCCGUUCUCGGGUCAGUCUGUGGUGGUUCUGGGAGCCAAAGCUUCCGGGUUGGACAUUUCCAUCGAGCUGGCCAAAGCUGGAGCCCAGGUGACUCUGAGUCACAGUCGCCCUCGUUUAACCUUUCCUCUCCCUCCUGGGAUUCAGCAGUCCAGUUCAGUCGUGGCGGUUGAGGAGGACGGCAGCAUUCUCUUCCAGGACGGCUCUGUGGGCGCGGCUGACGUCCUGAUGUUCUGCACCGGGUACAACUUCAGUUACCCGUUCCUGGACGCGGCUCAGCUGGGUCUGGAGAUCCAGGACCACUUGGUUUCUCCGCUGUACCGCUUCAUGAUGCCCCCGGCCUUCCCCACGCUCUUCUUCAUCGGUAUCUGCAAGAUCAUCUGCCCCUUCCCCAACUUCAACUGCCAGGUCCAGUUUGCGUUGGCAGUGUUGGACCGCUCCGUCACUUUGCCGUCUCUAGCCCAGAUGGAGGAGGAGGUCCAGCGAGAGCUGCAGGAGAAGAUGGAGAGAGGAGUCCAGCAGCACCACCUGCUGAUAAUGGACCGGGAUCAGUGGGAGUACUGUCAGACGCUGGCUCGUACCGCCGGCUUCCCGCCGCUGCCGCCGGUCGUACGCAGUCUGUACGAGGAGGUGUGGCAACAGCGACGAGUUCACCCCGAAAACUACCGGAGACUCAACUACAGACUGAUCAGUGACACCCAGUGGGAGCUGAUCGAUUGAUGGAUUGAUCAGCUGAUGGAGAAACGUUGAUGGAAGGUUAAAUUACAUUUUCGUAGAGGUGUUGAUUCUCCUCAGUGCUCAUUUUAUAAUCUGUAGUUCUAAAAAUAGUGUUUUUUAUUCAGUGUUGAUUGCAGCACUCCAGAAGAAGUUGAUCCUUUUAAGUCCCGCCCCUUUUCCCCUCCGUGCUCCAAUCACAGUUCAGCAAUCCUUGAUCAUAACCUCGGCCAGCUUCCUCCUUUCCUGUACUUAGAUAUGCUAUAUGCCAAGCUAAUUUAUGUUGGAAAGACAACCACAUUUUAAAGAUGGUUUAAAAAUAAGAGACAUAUAUUAGUAAUAAAGUUAGCUUGCUAGCUAACUAACUAGCUUUCUAAUCCCUAUCAAUAUGCCACAAUAAUGUUUUUCAUAUUUUAUUUCUGUUGAAUUUACAAUAUAAAGCGUAACUAUUCAUUAAUGUUUGCUGUAAAUAUUUUGCAUACAACUGUAAAGAUAAAAGCCAAAAGACCUUUGGACCAAUGGGAGGCGACCACACGGGUCGACAGUCCGACCUGAAGAAACCCUGAACCCGAUUACUCAAUCACUGAAUGGUAGAACCAGAUUAAGGACAUAUGGAUUCCUGUAAUGAACACACUAACAUUGUACUUUCUACCUCACUGGUUUCAAUAAAAUAUCUUUGUUAGAAAUUA